AUGGUGUUGAAUCAUUUUCACGUAAAAUUUCUCUUGUUCUUAUUGCCAUUCUUGUUGAAGGUUUAUUCACAAUGUGUUACGAAUUAUGACGCGAAUGUAGAUUACUUUACGACAAAAGUUAAUGCAACUGUCGCGAGUCUAUUCCGCAUAGAAUACUACAAAAAUUAUAAACUUGUUUACAACCUUUAUACCAACGAAACGUUUGCUCUUUAUCAAUGCGGAACUCCUAUCCCAAGUAACUUACCGGCUGGCACAAAGAAUUUCUCGAUCCCCCUAAGUGCUAUCGCCAUACUUGAUUCUAGCGAGAUUCCUUUUCUUGAAGCUCUUGGGCUUAGAUCUACGAUUAAAGUUAUAGAUAGCUCAUUUGCAUCGGAUAUAGUCUCACCAUGCCUACAGUCCGAGAAGAGUAAAAUCAAGACCCUUGAUAACAACCAAACCGCGACAGCACAGAUUCUCUCUACCGUUAAUGCCACGUUUGGUAAUCUCGCUAAUUCGUCCGCUUUAAAAUUAAUAAGCACCUCUCCCGUAUCGGAUCCUGGUACAUUGAAUCGUGCCGAAUGGAUAAAAUUUUAUUCGGUCUUUUUCAAUCUCGAAGAGAAGGCUAAUGCCACUUAUAAUAAAAUUAGUGAUAAUUACAAUUGCCUGAAAAAAUUAGCAACUUCUCAUGCUCCAACCACAAAACCUCUAGUUGCAUGGACUCAAUACGAUGCCCCUGCUAGUUACAAUAACAACACUGAAUCUUGGAUGAUCGUGGACGCAAAAUACAAAAGGAUGCUUAUUGAAGAUGCUGGCGGUGCCUAUUUUAAUUCUUCAACUCUUAUCUACUACAAAAACUCGGAAUUCUUAUCUGCUAUUGCGAAUGUCGAUAUUUUAAUUGAUGAAACUUAUAUCGCUAUCAACAUUUCCGAUGUUUAUGCAAAUUAUCACUUGACGGCGACCAGUGACUACAAAUUUGUGAAGAAUUCCGCAAUUUACAGGGAAGAUGGACUUCAAAAUCCAGGCGGGGGGCGGGAUUGGUUCGAGAGUGCGGUGUUAGAGGACGAUGCCGUGUUGGGAGAUAUUGUUAAUAUAAUAAAUCCUGAUUUACCAAAGAAAGGGUAUCAAAGAGUGUGGUUUAGGAAUGUCGCUAAGGGAGAAGUUCCUAAAAUUUCUAGUUCAGACAAUUGCACGGACGUUAAUUCCACAUUAACGGAUACCAUGGCGCCGUUCGUAACUUCCGGGGGCGCUCAAAGCAUAUUGGAAUCAUCAAAAGACAGUUCGUCGGAUUAUUUUUCCCGAAGUUGGUCCGAAUGGACGUCAGUAAUUCAGAGGCCUCAGCUACCGAAACCUCCAGCUGACACUGUAAAAUUGUUGAAACCGCUAAAGCUUCAGCAGUAUAUUGUCAACAAUCACGGUUGGUGGCCUGUAUUCGGUGGGGAACCAAAAUUAAAAAGAAAACGUGGAAACCCAACUUCACCCGUCGUUCCUCAGAAACAAACUCCCUUGAGCUUGGUGCCUCUUGAAUUCUCGAAGCGACGAAAGAUUCACAACUGCUCUCAUUUUUCAUCACAAUUUUCUUGUAAAAAUUAUCUUGCCGUCGAGUGGGAUCCUGAAGAAAAUGAAUUUCGCACCGCCUUCCCACCGAGAACUACCACCUCAGCGUUGCCACAGGAAAACUUUGCCGCCGUCACAAGUAGAGUAUUGUUGGUUCGGAGGUUGAAGGCUAAACAAGGAAACACGCUUAAAGGAGAUGCGGCUUCUAGAUUUCGUAAAAAUGUUUUGGUGAAAGUAGCAGUCACCGUGAGUGAUAUAAAUUCCGCAAUUGAAAGUCCGUCAAAUGAAUCGGACGUGGUGAUCAAGCGACCUUGGAGAGACGGAACAACUGAACCGGUAGAAGGAACGUUCGAAGAACUGAAAAGUUUGAGGAACAAACGCGCAUGCGAAUCAAAUUCAUCACCUUAUACACCACCUUAUUGCUGA